UCUUUAGGAAAGAACCCGACGUGUUUUCCCGACAGCAAAGCCCCUUGUGGUGACAGAGAAAUACCGAUUCCACACUUAUUUAUCUCUCAAACUCAACCCUCCUUCUUCCCUUCUACUAGGUCCAAUAUGCCGGUGUACAAGGUAGCCAUAAAAGCCCAGUUUGAAAAUGUGACCGAUUUGGAGGCCCCGGGAGAAGACUUCCAGUAUUGCAUUAAGACUCAGUGCAACACAUGCAACGAAGUGAGUGAGAAGUGGCAGUACGUGUCAGGAGACGAGCAGGUGGAAAUGCCAGGGUCACGGGGUACUUGCAACAUGCUCUACAAGUGCAAGCUGUGCAACAGAGUUAACACAAUGGACGUCCUCGUUCAGAAGAAAAGUUGUACACAGCAGACGACGUCCCCAAAAUGAAGGAGGUCAUAGCCUUUGAAUGCCGAGGAAUGAGUGUGGUCAACUUCAAAUUCGG